AUGUCAUCCCUCACAAACGUAUACGCACUGCCCCCGCAUCUGUUUGACGAGGAAGGCGCCAUCGUAGACGAAACCUUUGUGCAAAGUCUGACUGGGCGCCUCGGCGACACCUCGCGCGCCCGCUUCACCUCCCAGCUGCCCUUCGUACCCUCCUACGUCCAAUCAACCCUCAAAACACCCGAUCCGGCCCAGCUGUACCGCGAUCGCGUCGAGCACCGGCAACUACCGCUCGAGAACCCCGAUAAACCGAGCGCGGCGCGGAAAGAGCGCGAAGAGCGGUUGAAGCGUAAACAGGCUGAGGCCGCGAGGAGGAAGAGCGGUGUACCGGGUAGGAAAGUCGUGCAUGAUAAAGGUGCUUGGAAUUUGGUCAAGCAGGACUGCCGGUUCGAGUUGUUUCUUGCGCUGCAUCGGUUAUGGAUGGGAUACAUGUCUGAGUUGCUUGGACUGAAGCUGGCGCCGGAGGGCAAGACGGCUGAUGCUGGUGCGAUGCCGCCUGCGGCGGGGAUGCAUGCUAAACUCGUGAAGGCGGAUAUGCACGGUGCGUUCAUCACCGUUAAGGAGAGCAAGAACGCGUCGCUCGUUGGUAUGCAAGGCAUUGUCAUCCACGAAACCGAAGGCACCUUCAAAAUCGUAACCCGCAAAGACAAACUAAAACUAAUACCCAAACGCAACUCAAUCUUCACCCUCGCCGUCCCGCUCUACUCGACCUCCCUCCAGCCCUCUCCCGCCGCACCUCCCCCUUCUGCCCCCGCCGAAGACGAGUUUGCGUAUCGGGCGGCGGAGAGGGCGGGGAAGAAGUUUAAGGCGAAGGAGACCAUCGAACUCUAG